AGUAUGAGUUUAUACUAUUUGCGCUACUAUCUUCUUUAAUAAAUUUUAUGCUAAUUGCACAUAUAAAACCUUUUUACAUGUAAAAUCUCAUAUUUUAAUGCUAACGAGGCCAAUGAUUGCUCACGCUCGCCUAGGGCCUAUAAAUUCUACACAUCAAUUCAGGAGGAGACGUGAACUAACUGAUGAUCAAAAAAUUGAAUUGAAGGAGGCAUUUGAGAUCUUUGAUACCAACCAGUCAGGACGAAUCGAUGCCAAAGAGCUUAAAGUUGUUAUGAAAGCGUUGGGAUUUGAUCCAACAAAGGAGGAGAUACGAGGCAUUCUCAAUAUGGUUGAUAAGGAUGGUUCUGGGACAAUCUCCUACGAGGAUUACUUUUCAAUAAUGAGUUCCAAAGUUCUGGAACGCGAUCCUCUCGAAGAGAUAAUGAAAGCAUACCAACUAUUCGCCGAUCCGAAUACUGGAACGAUCAGUUUUCAGAGCCUCAAGAGGGUGUCUGAGGAGCUCGGAGAAAUUAUAUCGGAUGAGGAGUUACACCAGAUGAUAGCGGAGGCUGAUAAGGAUGGAGACGGAUUUAUAAGCGAAAAUGAGUUUAUAAGAGUUAUGAGGAAGUCCAACUUAUUUUAGCACUCGCAGCUAGCUGUACACUUUUAUGUAUAUAGCAGCAUUGCUGCUUAUCAAUAACAAAUAUUUACAC